GAGUUUGUGACAACAUUUCAAUGCAGCAGAGUUUAAACUAGAUCUAAUCAGAAAUUGUAGGUGCGAUUCAUCUCUCCUUUGGAAAAAGUCACCAGUGACAUGGAGUUUACCGAUCCCUCCUUUUUGACGGAAUGGGAGGAGCGAUGGAGGAGAGAGAAGGAGAGACGGAAAAGAGUGAUGGAAGAAGGUGGAGAAGGGAUCGAGCGAGUAAAUCAAGAGUUGAGGAGGAUUGUGGAGUUCAAUGACUCUAGGAUGGGGUUGGCAGGGGUGACGGAGGGCAGUGAGGGCGCAGAGGCCAAAAUAUGUGCAGGGGUACUUGGGUGGCACUUGAGUGAUGAGUCAUGCAUGGGUGAAAGCGUCUACAAGUGCCAGAGUAAAACUUUCCAUGGAGGCUUUUUUGAGACUCUGAGGGAAUUCAGAGACUUGUCUCUUCUAACUGACCUGACACUGACUGGAGAUGAUGGGAGCAUCUUCCACGUGCACUCUCUCACCCUGGCUGCUGUCAGCCUCUUAGUCCAGGAGAAACUGAUGGGAAAAAGCAGGAAUUCAUCAGAUUUUGGGCUCCAAAGAUGGUCAAUCGAUUUGGGUGCUUCGGUCAAUCAAGUCGGACUUCAAGCAGUAGUCGAGUUCGCCUACAGUGGGGAUGUUCCAAGUAUGAAUGAAAGCAUCCAAACGGCAGCUGAAGUUUUGAAGGUAGUACGCCUUUUGGACCUCUGCACCAAAGAAAACGAUAUGAGGCAACCUGCUCUGAUGGUUACCCUUCAGUCCAUCCAUCAGCUGUGGGAAGACAGAGUUGGAUGUGAUGUAGUCUUGGAUGUAGGUGGUACAUUUCUGCAUGGUCACCGAGUUAUCCUGGCUGCAAGCAGCGACUUCUUCCGUGCCAUGUUUACAUGUGGCAUGAAGGAAUCUCAUCAGAACUCUAUUUCCUUUCCAUGCCUCCCGGCUCCUGAACUAGAGGCACUUGUCGGCUUCUCCUACAGCAGGAAUCUUACAAUCAGCUGGGACUCUGUCUUUGAGGUGACCAUCGUGGCUCUCCAGCUUCAGUUUCGGCAGGCUGUCUUGCUUUGUCUCAACUUCAUGGAAGAGCAAAUGAACCCAGCGUCCUGCCUGGAUGUGGCCUCUUUUGCUGAAGCCUAUGGGCUAUCAGAGCUCCUGGAUGAGGCCAAAGACUUUGUUUUGAGGAACUUCAGAGAAGUGUCGACCUCAGCAAAGUUUCGUGACCUACCAGUAGAGAAACUUCUGGAACUCCUACAUUGCGAUGGACUAUGCGUUUCAUCGGAAUUGGCUGUUUUCCGAGCUGUAAUUUCAUGGAUUGAGGCGAAUCCUGAGGAGAGACUGACUCAUGCCGGCUUACUGAUGUCUGCAGUUCGCUUUCCUCUAAUGACCUUUCGAGAGUUCAGAGAAGUUAGAGCCAUUAACCUGCAAAUGGAGUGUUUUGCAGAUAAGAAUGUGGAACUCUAUGGGUCGGCACUGAAGGAAUUUGGUUUCAGUCUUCCAAACUCCCAGGAUUGUUAUCGGGUAAGGAAACCCAAAGACGUUCUGGUUGUGGUUGGGGGGGACCAGCUGAACUGCGAUGUGGGUCAGCGAGUACCAAGCAGGGAAAUGUGGUUUUCCAACUCCUUACGCAGUGGCACGGGUUUGGUGAAGGAGAUGGAAUGGAGGAGACUGGGCGAGAUCCCAGACAAGCCAAAGUUCCGACAUGGAGUAGCAGUAAUGCAGGGAAAGUUGUACGUCGCUGGAGGAUGCUACUUUUAUGCCAAGGACGAUGUCAUGAAAUCAGCAUACAGUUUUGACCCCAGGACAGACAGCUGGAUGAGUUUGGCUGACAUGAAUGAGGCCAGAAGUAACUUUUCAAUGGCAGUGCAUGAAGAGCGCCUUUACGCCAUCGGUGGAGACAGAGAGAUAAACACGAACACAGAGACUGUUGAAAUGUACAACCAAGACACCAACUCCUGGAGCUUUGUAAAGCCACUGGACCGGUCCCUGAGUGGCUUCGCCCUCAGCGCCGUAAAAGGAGGGAUUUUCAUCUCUGGAGGCUUUGACUGCAGCUACUCCUGCCUGGCUUCCAUGUUCCUCUACCACCCCGAUAGAGGAACCACCCACCUGUCCGACAUGACCCAGGACCGGGCUCAGCACUGCAUGGAGCCGCUCAGAGGACAUUUGAUUGUGGCUGGAGGGGUGUGCAACCUGAGGAAGUUCUAUACCGACCAGCUGGCCUGUGAGAUGUACGAUCCUGAGGCUGACUCUUGGACGGCCCUAACACCGCUACCCGUACCCCAUGUGGGUGCUGCCUCAGCCGUCCUGGAGGAGAAGGUUUAUGUGCUGGGGGGGUACUCCCAGGAGGACUAUACCGAGUCUGGCCUGGUCCACCGCUUUGAGCACAGCACACGGCGCUGGGAGAACGUGGGGAAAGUGCCAUCAGCCGUGACUGACAUUCGGGCCUGCAUCCUGCGACUGCCACAGCAUCUCAGACACUGAAGGCCGAUAUUUGUCAUCCCUCUGCUCUCCUUAUAACCUUUAGUCUGUCUGCUGAUAAUCAAAACUUCUCCUAAGAUCCUAAAAAUGUAUACCAUUUUUGCUAUCUUCAGUAAAGUAAAUCAUUCAGCUGUUUCUUAGGUACAAUCCACUAGAUGGUGCUGUUGCUCACAUGUGGUCAAUCUGCAAAAAAUUGU